GUUGACUUUCAUCAUCCAAUAAUAUAUUGCCAAAAGUAUUGGGACACCCCUCCAAAUCACUGGAUUCUGGUGUUACAAUCACCUCCAUGGCCACAGGUGUAUAAAAUCAAGCACCUAGGCAUGCAGACUGCUUCUACAAACAUUUGUGAAAGAAUUGGUCCCCCUCAGGAGCUCAGUGAAUUCAAGCGUGGUACUGUGAUAGGUUACCACCAGUGCAAUAAGUACAUCCUUGAAAUUUCCUUGCUGCUAAAUAUUCCACAGUCAAUUGUUAGUGGUAUUAUAACAAAGUGGAAGCAACUGGGAACAACAGCACCUCAGCCACAAAGUGGUAGGUCACGUAAAAUGACAAAGCGGAGGAAGCGCAUGCUGAAGUGAACAGUACAUAGACGUCGCCAACUGUCUGCAGCGUCAAUAGCAAAAAACCUCCAAACUUCAUGUGGCCUUCAGAUUAGAACAACAACAGUGCAUAGAGAGCUUCAUGGAAAAGGUUUCCAUGGCCGAGCAGCUGCAUCCAAG